AUGGAUUAUUCUUGCCAUACUUAUUUCUCCGAUAAUGUGUAUGAAGUUAUCAUUAACUUAAGGUUAGCUGCAUCUUCUUGCAGCACUGAAGUUGUUGAUAAAAAUUUGGUUUUUGAUUGGAAUGCUGUAGAAAAUGAGUUAAAGAAUAUUUCUGAAUGUGAUGACAUUCUUGAAAACUCUUGGGAAUGGUACAGAGACAAAAUAACAAUUUUAUGGGGAAUCAUGCUAUCAGUUGAUAAAAAUUUUAGAAAGAGUUCAGAUUUAGAAAAGAAAAAAAUGUUUGAAUUGUCAUCUUGGGUUUUCAAUUUUGACGAGUUUAAAGAUAUUUAUGAUAAAUUGACAACAACUCGAGAUAGUGAACUUCUCUUCUGUCUCCUAAAAUUGACUUCUUAUUUAGAUAGAGCAUUAGGGGAUGUUUAUAAGACAACCUGUGAACAUGUUCCAUUUCUUUUGAAGGACAUGCUAGCAUCUAAUAUCCUGACUGAAGUAUUUGGUAAAACGCCGAUGAAAUUUCUUCAGUUGUUAAUUGGAACUGUUAGAGGAUUAAAUCUGCGUAAUAUAGCUUGGCAUGGAUUCUUUUCUCCUGGUGAACUCCAUCAGAGCAUUAUUUCAACGCUGUUUAUUGUCAUCGCUUCAUUAGGAAUGUCACUAAAGAGUUUUGAAAGGAGACCCACUAUUAAAUAUGAUACUUUAAAGACUUAUUCUCAAUGCUUAAUUCAAUUUCUUGGAACAAUUGAUUUUGAUAAAACAAAAUUUAUGAACACUGUUAAGAUCUGUCCAUUUAUAUCAAGAAACCAUUGGUUAUACUGGGAAUAUGCUUCUGAUUUGUAUAUUCAGGGCUGUUUUGGAGAUAGUCUGAUACUUCUGAUGCCUUUGAAAGAAUUUUUUUUACGAUCAAUUUUUUGUUUUGCUAAUAAUUGUUCUGAAAGAGUUUUAACGGCGGAAUCUACUGCUUUUUAUGUAACCAUUGAUGAUAUACUGGCCCCAACAGUUGGAUCAGCAGAAAACAAACUAGAACAUACUUUAGGACCUAAAAUGUUAGAAAUGUUACUAGAUUUAUAUAUAUAUGAGGAAGGACCACGCUUAAGAGAUAGAAUAAGUCACUCUGAAAUAAAACCAUAUGAUAUUCCUGAGGAUAUUGCCAGAUGUGUGUUUGAUAUAAGUAUUCUACUUAUGUUAAUUUCAAUAAAUGCUAGAAAAGAGCUGAUUGUAGUAGAGAGAAUGAUUAAUUCAGAAUACAGCUCUUCGCUGAUUGAUUUGUCUUUAAAAUAUAAGCCUCAAUUUCAUCCAAUCAACAUAUUUAAACGUUCUUUUAUUAAUAUAAUUAUCAGUGUUAAAUUGUGGGAUGAACUUCCAAGACCAUCUGAAAUGGAUAACGUUGCUGACUUCCAUGCUAAUAAUAAAGCUGUGGAUUUUUUGAAUAAAAUAACUGGACAUUUUGAUUUUGUAAACUACUCUAAUGACCUAAUUAAAAUGAUUAAUGAUUUGGAACCAGAAACCAUCCACAGACCUAAACAUGAAAUGGAAUUGAUUUUAAUACUUAAGAGAAUUGUUUUUUCUCUUGAAGAAUUAAAUUCAAAUAUGAAUGAAAGCUGUCAUAGUAAACUUGUUCUUUGGAAAAACAAACAAAUGAAAUCGAGAAAUAGAGAGAGCUAUAAAAGGAUGCUACAGUGUAUUCCCAACCUGCAAUGUGGCAUCGGUUGUGUAUUUCAUGCAAUGUUCAUUACAUUACAGAAAUUCCAAAAAAGUGAAGCUAGUGUUGUAAAAAAAAAUCAGAGAUUUUUCAAGUUAUGCCUGAAAUAUGCUGAAAAUGCUUCUACAAUGAGUUCCAUAAGGAAGAAUCGUUGGAAAGAACUUGAAGAGGCAACAUUUAAUAUUUGUAAUAUAAUAUCAUCAGAACCCUUAACAUAA